AUGAAAGAUAUAAUUGCUGGAUGUGGAUGUGGUGUAACAGCUGCGAUAGUUUCACAUCCAUUGGAAACAUUGUUUAUCCAUCUACCAAAUAAUUCACUUGGAUUUAAUCAAAAUCUCUUACGAUCUAUUCGAUCUAUUUACAAAAAGCAAGGUUUAAUUGAUGGAUUCUACCGAAGUAAUUUAAGCUUACCGUUGAUCAGUCCAGCAUUUGUUAUGUCGAUACAGUAUUUAUUUUAUGGACAAAUGAGUCGACAUCUCAAUAACUACCGGAAUGAUAAUGAACGUACAAUUGAAAAAUAUUUUCUAGCCGGUGCUCUUACUGGUGUCGGAUCAUCGUUCAUUGAAACGCCUAUUGGCCUUAUUAAUGGACAGAUUGAAGGACAUUUGUAUCGUCGUCAUACACAUGUAUUCGAUUUUCAUGUAAAAGAUUGUUGUAAAUAUAUUUAUAAAUGUAAUGGCGGUUUACGUGGUUUUUAUAAAGGAUUCUUUGCGAAUCUCAUUUGUUCAAUACCUACGUCGAUGUUUUAUUUUGGUGGCUAUGAAUAUAUGAAAAAUCAUCUUUACUAUACACAUGCUCGAUUCUUUUAUCAUACGAACAAAGAUAAAUAUUUACGUAUGGAUAUUUUGUUUAGUGGAGCAAUGGGCGGCUUUUGCGCCUGGUCAAUUUGUUAUCCAUUGGAUAGGAUUCGGUCUGAAAUUCAAUCAGAUGAUUUGAGACAUGAACGUCGUAAAUAUACG